GACAUUUUCACUGUGUUUUUAACGUUCUCUCAAUUGUCCUACGUUUAAAAACAGGUGGCGCGCCAAAAGCAAAGUAAAAAUGAAUCGUGGAAAUGAGCACAAGAAUUUACCAUGGGUUGAGAAAUAUCGACCCAAUUCACUAGAUGACCUCAUCUCACAUACAGAAAUCAUCAACACCAUUCAGAAAUUCAUAAAGGAAGAUCGCCUACCCCAUCUGCUCUUCUAUGGACCACCAGGUACAGGGAAAACAUCCACCAUCUUGGCGGUUGCUAAGCAACUAUACUCUCCCAAGGAAUUCAACUCAAUGGUCCUGGAGCUCAAUGCAUCGGAUGAUAGAGGUAUUGGUAUUGUCAGAGGUAGUAUCUUGAACUUUGCUAGCACCAGGACCAUCUUCAAAUCGGGUUUCAAGCUUGUCAUCCUAGAUGAAGCUGAUGCAAUGACCAACGAUGCUCAAAACGCUCUAAGGAGAGUAAUUGAAAAGUUCACAGAGAACACUCGAUUCUGCUUCAUCUGCAACUACCUGUCCAAGAUCAUCCCAGCCCUACAGUCCAGGUGCACCCGCUUCCGCUUCGGUCCCCUUGACAACCAACAAAUAGUACCCAGACUGGAGUAUGUUGUUAGGGAAGAAAAUGUUGAUAUGACGGAGGAUGGUAAAAAAGCUCUCAUCACAUUAUCCAAGGGAGACAUGAGACGAGUCAUCAACAUCUUACAGAGCACUUCAAUGGCACAUGAGAAUGUAACAGAAGAAAACGUUUAUCUGUGUACCGGUCAUCCACUGAGGUCAGACAUAGAGAACAUUGUUAAUUGGAUGCUGAAUGAAGACUUUACAGCAGCUUUUAACUAUAUCAACCAGGUGAAGACAAUCAAAGGUCUUGCUCUUCAAGACAUCCUAAUAGAAGUACAUACAUAUGUACACAGAAUUGAAUUUCCACAGAAGGUCCGGAUAUACCUCUUGGACAAGAUGUCUGAUAUUGAGUAUCGACUAGCAGCAGGAACCAGCGAAAAACUGCAGCUCGGAUCUCUGGUAGCAGCCUUCCAAAAUGCACGAGACAUGGUAGCAGCAGAGGCAUGAAACUGAAUAAAAUGGAAUUGAUUGCAGGGGGGGGGGGGCACAAAUUUUAUUAUGAUUGGGAUGUGCCUCACAAAACCUCAGAAUCGGGUCUAAGAACUGACAACAAGGUGUAAAAUACAGGGUCUUGGGACCUAUGAUCUAUUGGGCAGAUUUAUAUGUGAUUAUCUAGUGAACCCUCUUGGCCUAUGUAUAUUCAUUAGCUGCAGACAAUACCUUGCCCUUGCUUACCCAGACAUCAAAGCUUCACAUCCUCGUACCACCUUACACAUAAGAGGAAUUGAGUGCCUUUGAAGGGGAAUUCCACCUUGGUAAGAAAAUUGUGUGAAAAAAGAAAAUAUGAAAGAAAGAAUAAACUUUAAAAGAUAUUGGCAAGGAGUAAGGAAGUUAUAGCUGUUUGAAUAAAGAGAUCACUAACACUACAUUAAUCUCAGAUUGAAAAUUUGGUAAAUUCUGUGGGGGACAACUCCCUUUUAUUGUAUACUUAUACUAUUUGUCUGGAUUUUGUUAUUUUCUCCUAAGUACUUAUAUCCCUUGGGUUAGUAAUCAAAUCUAAUAUAGAUGAUAUACAGUGCGUCCCAGAAAAAACGAAACCGAGAUUUAGCGAUGAUUUAUCAUAACUUAAUCAUAAAUAAAAUAAACAAAUGACCUACCAAUGUAAAGCUUAGAAUCUCCUCUUUCAUCUGAUAUUACUUAGAUAAUUCCUCAUACACGCAUGAGUGAGCAAAAACAAUUUGAAGAAAGGAUACCAAAAACUCAUUUGGUGGGGGGUAUCUGAAUUUCAAAGAGAAAAUCACAUGACUGAAAAGUUCAAUAUCUGCUCUUUUAUUUGAUACCUUAAUCACAGAAAAUGGUCAAGAAGUAAAAAAGUUAUGAUCCCUCGAAACAAUGCUUGUAUUUCCAUAAUUUCAUUAAAUAAACGUGUUUUCACUGGCUUCCCACAGAAGCUAUCGCACGGUAACAAAAGACUUAAUGCAUGGCUGAUCGUCAACAAAACGGAAUGUCGAGAGAGUUUGAACGCUAACCUGUAAAACCUCUUCAUUUUAUGAAAUUAUUGAAAUUCAAGCCUUAUUUCAAAUAACCAGAACUUUGUUAUUUCUUGACCAUUUUCUGUAAUUGAGGUAUCAAAUUAAAGAGCAGAUAUUGAACUUUUUAAUCAUGUGGUUUUCUUUUUAAAACCCAGAUACGGCCCGCCAAAUGAGUUUUUGGUAUCCUUUCUUCAAAUUGUUUUUGCUCACUCAUGCGUGAAUGAGGAAUUAUUUAAGUAAUACCAGAUGAAAGAGGAGAUUCUAAGCUUUAAAAUGGUAGGUCAUUUGUCUAUUGUAUUUGUGAUUAAGUUAUGAUAAAUCAUCGAUAAAUCUCGGUUUCGCUUUUUGUGGGACGCACUGUAUUGUCAUAUGAUCUCAUUAAAGAAAGAAAUAUUUGGAACAAAUGGAGGAGACCUUUCAUCACAAUGAAAUGACUAUGCCUGCACUUUGGAAGCCCACAGAACUGCCAACAACUUACAAGUCAACCCAUCAAAAGUGGAUUUGAAUAAAGAGAGAUAAAAAUCAGACAAGCAUAAAGCUUGACAUUUCUUCAAAAUUGGAAGUAAAAUCAGAAAGUUAGGACAUCUUAAAGUUUUGCUUUUUUCACAUAACAGUUAUAUACACAACACGGUUUACAAUGUAGAUGAGAGUUGAUGAUGUCACACACUAUUGUAUUUUAUUAUAUGGAACAAGUUAUUUCCAUUUUUGUAGAUUUGACAAUGAAGAAACAUCUUCAUUGAACCACAAUAGGUUGCAACAAUGGCUGUCCAGCAUAUUCUUGGAGGUAUCAAACCUUGUUUCUAAUUAUAAUGAGGAAAAACUUCAGAUAUUACAUAUUCCUAUAAUAGAUAUUU